CUUCCGUUUACAGCUCAAGCUGGAUAAUGUGGUGAUGCUGAGUUCCUGCCAUGGGGUCUUCGGGCCUGGCUCGACUGCAGGGCCUCUUUGCAGUCUAUAAACCUCCCGGGCUGAAAUGGCUGCACGUGCGGAAGACCGUAGAGCUGCAAUUGCUGAAAGGUCUCAAUGCAGCGAAGCCUCCUGCUCCUGAAAAGCGUGUUUGCUUCUUGCUAGGCCCUGUGGAAGGCAGUGAAGAGAAAAAAUUGACCCUCACAGCUACCAGUGUGCCCACCCUCACUACCCACAGACUUGUACGUGGCCCAGCAUUUACCAGCCUUAAGAUUGGUGUCGGACAUCGCUUGGAUGCCCAGGCUUCUGGUGUGCUUGUGCUCGCCGUGGGACAUGGAUGCAGACUGCUCACUGACAUGUAUGAUGUUCACCUCACCAAGGAUUAUACAGUGCGUGGUCUUCUAGGCAAAGCUACAGACAACUUCUGUGAAGAUGGGCGGCUGAUAGAGAAGACAACAUAUGACCAUGUGACCAGAGAACUGCUGGACCGGAUCCUGGCUAUAAUCCAAGGCUCUCACCAAAAGGCACUGAUAAUGUACUCCAACCUGGAUCUGAAGUCCCAGGAGGCCUAUGAGAUGGCUGUACAAGGUUUGAUCCGGCCCAUGAACAAGUCCCCGAUGCUCAUCUCUGGCAUCCGCUGUCUGCACUUUGCACCUCCUGAGUUCCUUUUAGAGGUGCAGUGUAUGCACGAGACGCAGCAGCAGCUGAGGAAGCUGGUGCACGAAAUCGGCCUGGAGCUGAAGACCACCGCCGUCUGCAUGCAAGUGCGGCGCACUCGGGAUGGCUUCUUCAGACUGGAUGAUGCCCUCCUGAGAACCCAAUGGAAUCUGCACAGCAUCCAGGAUGCCAUCCAGACUGCAGCCCCCCGGGUGGCAGCAGAGCUGGAAAAGAACUUGAGACUGAGGUUGGGCCAUCAGCAGCUCCCCAGUGCUGGGCAGCCUUGGGGCUUCAAGGACCCAAGCUCUACUCUGGAGGUGGAAAGCUAUUCAGGGCAAUGAAUGCCUGGAUGUGGGUGGGCAAAGACAAAGGCACUUCACAAGUCAGAGCUGGUGACUAUGUAGAGUGAGAUCAAGGGCCUUAGCAUCCAGUGAAACAGAAGUGAAAAAGGGAAUCUUUACGUGAGGCACACUGCAGACAUGAGUUGGGUGUGGUGGCAGGGUCUGUCAUCUGGGCUGUUCGGGAAGCUCAGGAUAGAAUCUUGACGGUUCAAGGCCAGCCUAGGGUUACACAUUGAAACCUUGUCUCAAAAAUCAAAUCAGAGCCAGGCAUGAUGGCUCAGACCUGUAAUCAUUGCACUCAGGAGGUAGAGACAGAAGAUCAGGAGUUCAAGACCAUCUUGGCCACAUAGUGAGUUUAAGGCCAGUCUGGGAUGCUUCCAUUGUUUAGCUUUUCACAGAGAUGGGAAAUGUCACCUCAACACCUAAUGAUCACACCUAAUAAAUUGCACUGGUGAUUUACUUAGA